AUGAAGGUUUUGAGACUGGCGGCUGCCACUGUGUUGUUGGUUGCGGCGGACGUCAGGGCAGCCAAGGUUCGACACAGCAACGUGUCUAUUCCUUUGUUCAAAAUAGACAGCAGCUAUGAAAAGGAGCAUGUGAAGCAGCUACACCAACUACGAAGUCUUGGGAGUCGAAUGAAGUCAAUGUCUCGAUUUCUUGAAGUUCGACAACGGCCACUUUUUUCCGUAACGGAGAUUCCGUUGCAGGAUCAAGUCAUAGCGUCUAAAAAAUUGGCCACGUAUUUCGGAGAAAUUGGCAUUGGGGAUGGGCCGACGACGAACUUCAGAGUUCUGUUUGACACUGGCUCUUGUGAAUUCUGGGUGCCAGACGAGACCUGUCUGUCCAUGCAGUGCAUGGGCCACAAAAAAUACAGACGGAGUGAGUCGUUCGAGCCCAGAUUUAAUCAGAAUGGCGAGCCCAGCCUUAUGAACGUCGUCUACCUAAGUGGCACGCUGCAAGGCUACGACGGAUACGACACGGUGCAUCUCGGCAAUGGUAUUUCCGUGCCGCACACAAACAUUGGAUUCGGCACUCUUGUCGACAUCCCGCUCCUCAGGGACCUUGCUUGGGACGGCAUAGUGGGCCUGGGAUUCAAGAACCACGAGAUAACUCACAGAGGUGUAUUGCCGCUUCUCGAUCACAUCGUCCAGACGAAGGCACUCGAAUCGAAAAAUCUCGGGAACCAAUUCGCGUACUACCUGAGCGCAGAUGGUGGCUCCAUGACAUUUGGAGGAGCGGAUUUGUCGAGAAAGCAGUUCCCCGAGGAGGAGUUUAGUUGGGUGCCUGUAGACCCUUCGAAUAGCUACUGGACAGUUAAAGUUCUCGGCGUUCGGAAAGAACCCCGAUCAUUUGGUUCAUUUGCUACUGUGACACGGCAGUGGGCGGACUUGAGUCGAUUAUCCCAACAAGACGGCGCAAAGUCUAUCGUUGACACGGGCACGUACCUCAUUUACGCACCUCUGCAAGUCGUGGAACGCGAACUUAGUGGUAUUUCGGUUACUUCCUGCAACGACAAGAAGCGACUACCUGAUCUGGUGCUGCAGUUCUUGGGUAACCCAAAUGCCGGGGUGGGCUCUGUCGUGGAAAUACGGCUGAGCCCCCAGGACUACGUGCUUGAAUUCACUGAAGAUGAUGGUAGCCACGAGUGCAUGCUAGGCAUCGUGCCAGAUGACGCCCAAGACGAGGACGGCAUUGGUGGUUGGACACUAGGGCAAGUCUUCCUCCGGAGUUACUACACUGUCUUCGACAGAGACAAUCUGCAGAUUGGAUUUGCCCGCGCAAAGCAUUGA